UCAAAAAUGUACCUACAUAAUCAACACGUAUCUGUAUCCAAAAGUGACAUAAAAAUCCACUGGAUCAUCUUACUACUAUUGGCAGUCUCAUCACCGUCAGAUGCUGUAACCCUGUCUGGGUCAUCUGAGUACGCCGUCCCUGGGACUGAGUUUACACUGACGUGUGAUGUACCAGAGGAGGCCAACAUUGUCCUGUUUUACCACCGUCCUGACGUCACUACUUCAGAAGGUAGUAUACAAGUAGGUGGUGACCAAUGUUACAACAUCAAAGUCAGCCCCGCCGUCCCCUGUACACCGGAUGUCUGUUCCUGUGUAACGUCUGGAGGCCUUGGUACAGUGUUCCGGUGGAUCAUACAGCCACAGACGGGAGACCAUGGAUCUGUGUGGUUCUGUAAACGUGCCAACCUUAACCUACCUAAUGGUAACCAGACACUGGACAGUGAUGACUAUACACUUAACGUGGCAGAUUACUGUCUCCAGAUAUUCCAUAUCAAGUUUUGGAAACUCGAUCGCACAGGCAUCAAGUUUUACCCAAUUGACCCUGUUUCGCCUAGAAAGGCCGAGUUCAUCAUCGACUCUUGA